UGAACAUGCGCAAAUUUUUUUUUUUUCAUAAAUCAAUCCGCGGAUCAUGCGUGUGCCGAACCGAAAUAGAUGAUCCGAACGGAUCACGGAUCAAUGAUGAUCCGUUGCACCCCUUAUCAAGCACCAUUCAGAAUGAACUCCUGCGAUUGCAUUUUUGAGGUCUACAGGUGUGAGGUGGCCAAGCAAUUGCGGGACACCCAGUUUGGAGCUGUCCAGGCGGAUGAGACCACUGAUGCCUCAUGCAAAUAGCAAAUGGUCAUAGUCCUGAGACACAUGGUGGACAGCAGCGUCACAGAGCGGUUUCUUGAGUUCAUUGAAGUGAAGGACAAAACUGCCAUUGGCCUUUCUAUUGCUAUGAAACAUGUCCUCGACCCACUGGGACUGACUGACAAGCUCAUAGCCCAAACCUAUGACGGGGCAGCGGUUAUGCGUGGCAGUGUAGGCGGCGUGCAAGUACUUAUUAAGGAAAGCUACAAAAACGCAAUAUUUGUACAUUGCUACGCACACCAGCUGAACCUAACUCUGCAGCAAGUAUGUGCAUCCAGGAUCAGUGAGCUGAAGGUGUUCUUUGCUGAUCUGUCUGGAUUUGUCACGUUCUUCUCCACCUCAACGAAAAGAACGGCUGCUCUGGCAGAGACAUCGGACAGGCGGAUCCCGCGGCCACCCGGCACCCGAUGGAAUUUUAAAAGCAGGACCGUGAAUGUGGUAUGGGAAACUCGCGAAGAUAUACUGGAGUGGCUGGAUAACAUUUGCACUAAACCAGGAUGGGACAAGGUGUCCAUCAGCGAGGCAUUCGGCCUCUCCAUUCACCUGCGGGACCGUACGUUUCUCCAGCUGCUGGAGUUCUUUGCCAGAGUUAUGCCAGAAGUGGAUGUUUUGUAUGGCAUACUACAGAAAAGAGAGAUUGACGCAUCUGGGGUGAAUCGUGCAGUGGAGAAUUUCAAAGUGCACGUGAAAGAAAUCAGAGAGAAAGCAGAUGAGAUUGGUAACCAAGCCAGUGAGGAGCCGGGCACAUCAAAGCGCAGGAAAACAAAUACGCCUGCCGUGAUGAAGGAGGCCUGUGAUACGAUGAUUGCGCAAGUGGAGGACCGGUUCUCACAGAGUGACCAUCUUAUUGCCCCACAACUGGUGGACUGCACACUGUUCCCAAAGUUUGUUAAGUCAUUCCCGGAGGCCCAACUCGCCUGUGCUAUCAAGCUCUGGCCCACAGCUCUGAUGAACGAGGGGAAGCUGCAAACUGAGCUGACUCUUUUUUACGGACACACUGAGCUGCACACAGGGAAAUCUGCACUGUUGCUGUUCAAGACCAUUCACGACAACAACCUGCAAGAGGCCUUGUCUGAAACCUGCACUCUACUCAGCAUCAUCAUCACAACCCCCAUGACGUCUGCGGAGUCUGAGAGGAACUUUUCAACGCUGAAAAGGAUAAAGACUUUCACUAGGGACACGAUGGGACAGAAGAGACUGAACGCCCUCUCCAUGCUUUCUAUUGAAAACACCUUCAUUAAUGGACAGCUGGAUUUUAACGACAAAGUAAUCGAGAGGUUUGCUCAAGCAAAGAACCGUCGAGCCAACUUCCUUUUUAAGUGAUCGGCAUUGUAUGGAAGGGGAGAUUUGGAGGUACCUGGUCAGGCCUUGGUCUGCCUACAAAUCCCAGAUUUGGAGACUGCAGGGAUACCUCACAGAGAGCCAUCUCUCAUUCAUUGAGUGGACUCAUUGGUUUGCGAAUGACCACAAAGAUGCUCCUAUGGGCAGAUUGCUGCAUGGCAUUUGCCACUUAUUCAAACUGAAGAGGUUGAAGCAGUCUU